AUGCGUUGCAGCCUUGCGUGCUCACUCCUGUUUGCUUUCGCCGCGUGCACCUGCUGCGGUCAAGCAGCAGAAGGAGGUGAUGAUUCAUGCAUGGAUGAUGCGGAGCUUCUGCAGACAGCACAGUAUCGCGACAGGGCUCAAGACUCAGGCUUCAUCGACUGGCUCUUGAAGGCUGGCAAGAUGCUGUAUGACCUCUACGAGCGGGCUAUCCAUGUGUCUGGUGUAAAUCUUGGGUAUACCAUCGACAUGCAGCCCAUGCAACACCAGCCUCCAUAUGUUCCAGCCUUUGGGCGGAAGAUGUGGCUCUAUGCGACAGCGUCAGCAUGCAACAUCGACCAGCUCAAGAACUGGCCCAAGGACUUGAAACCCUAA